AUGGAUGCAGACACGCUUGUAGCCUCAGCCAUUGCUGCCUUACUAGCACGUUUUAUAACCCACCCAUUGGACACAAUCAAGACACGGAUCCAGAUCAGCCGCUCUAAUCCCAAUUAUGAAGCGAUUCAGUCGGCUGCCGAUACCAGGACAGCGUUUUAUGCUCGUUGGCCGCUGACAAGUUUAUAUCGCGGCCUCUCUAUAUCGUUACUAUUCUGUGUGCCUGCACUGGCCGUUUAUCUGACCUCCUAUGAAACAGUCAAGGAUUGGCUGAGCGUAUAUACUUUUAUGCAUCGUGACAGUGCGUUGAAUCAUCUUAUAUCGGGUUGCAUAGCAGAGAUGGCCGGUGGUAUUUUCUUCACUCCUAUGGAGGUUCUGAAAAGCUGCAUGCAGAGCGAAUCACAUACCGAACUGCGACAUCUGGCGUCCAAAAUCUGGAAACAAGAGGGGAUCCUCGGCUUUUACAAAGGUUAUUGGAUCACCCUGGCUGUAUUUGUGCCGCAUACAAUGGUUUACUUCGUGGUCUAUGAACGCUUAAAGAUGUUAGCUGGGUCUGCUACAGAGCUUUCAUUUCCCGUGUACUUGAUGUGCGCGAUCAUUGCCAGCGGGUUAGCCACGGUGGUAUCGACUCCUCUUGAUAUUGUGAAAACGCGAUGGCAAAUAUCAUCUGCAGAAGAAGGAGCAGCUUAUCGACAAGGUCCCUGGAAGAUUAUCGAGCGCAUGUGGAUUACGGAAGGCGAAUGGCGAGCAUUCACUCGUGGCAUGCUGGCACGCAUUGCUUGGGGUAUUCCCAACUCGGCUAUUAGCAUGUCUGUUUUUGAAUCGUUGAGAAACUGGUUUAUCCUACCAUAA